AUGGUACCUAGCUACCUUGGGCGCAGAGUUACGAAAGUUACAAUAAACAAUGUGCCGCCAGUAGUGAAUACCCAGUGGCUGGUAUCAGCCAUCUGCUUCGAUACAGAAGAAGCAGAUAUUUUAGAAAUAGCUGACAUUCCAGAGGAAAGCUGGACUGUUGCUGUGUUCAAGGAAUAUAAUUUGAAACGCCACUUUCAAACGAAGCACGCCAAUUUUGGACACAAUUUAUCAAAACAAGAACUGCUAAAGAAAGCAAAUGAUCUGACAAAACGUUUGAAGCAACAGCAAAAUGUGUUUGAUAAAACUUCCUCUUUACAAAGGAACGCGACAAAGGCAAGUUUUAUAUUGGCCAAUAAAAUUGCAAAGCAAAACAAGUCAUUCGCAGAAGCAGAAUUUAUCAAAGAUUGUAUGGUUGAUGCUGUCAGCGUUGUGUGUCCUGAAGUUAAGUCAAAAGUAGAAGCCAUUUCCCUGUCACGAAGAACUAUUGUUCCUCGCAUUGAUGCAAUUGCCGUGAAUAUUCAUGAACAGCUGUUAACAGCCAGUGGUCGAUUUCAGUGGUUUUCUAUUGCUUUAGAUGAGAGCACUGAUAUUCAGGAUACUGCUCAGUUACUCAUUUACAUCAGAGGAAUUGACGAAAACUUUGAAAUUACAGAGGAAUUGUUAUCUAUGGAGUCUCUCAAAGACACUACUACUGGAAAAGAUUUGUUCAACAGUGUCAUUAACAGUUCAAUCAGGUCUGGAUUAACCCUAAAUAAACUGGCCAGCAUUACAACCGAUGGAGCUCCUUCACUCACCGGUAAACAUUCCGGCCUUGUGAAGUUAUUGAAUGACAAAAUUAAAGAAGAUUUUCCACUACACAGUGUGUUGUCUUUUCACUGCAUCAUACAUCAAGAAAGCCUUUGUAAGUCAUCUUUAAAACUCAAACAUGUCAUCGAACCUGUGGUGCGUGCAGUGAAUUUAAUAAGAUCACGGGGAUUGAAACACAGGCAAUUCCGAAGUUUCUUGGAGGAUGUGGAUGCUGAUUUUACUGAUGUGCUGUACUACACAAAUGUCCGCUGGUUAAGCAUUGGAAAAGUUCUUAAGAGAGUAUGGGACCUCAAAGCAGAGAUUCUUAUGUUUCUCAAAAUGCAAGACAUCUGUGACUUUUUAAACGAAAUGGAGAGUGACGAAUGGGUUUGUGAUUUUACAUUUGCUGUGGACAUAAUGCAGAAGCUGAAUGAACUUAACACAAAACUGCAAGGCAAAGGUAUAUUUGCUCAUGAAUUGUACCUGGAAGUGAAAGCUUUUCAAUGGAAGCUUGGACUUUUUGCCAAGCAGCUGAAUGAGCAAAAAUUUAUUCACUUCCCUCUGCUGAAAACACAGUCUGUUACACAAGAAUCAUCGGACAAGUACAGUUCCCAGUUGAUGGCUUUACAAAAGGAAUUCAUUAGAAGAUUUGCUGAUUUCAAGGCAGUUGAAGGCCUGUUCGAUUUGCUUAACUCACCUCUUGCCUGUGACAUUGAAACAACUACCGAGGAACUGCAGAUAGAACUGAUUCAUUUGCAAGCCGACAAUUCUUUAAAGAUGAUGUUUGAAAGUAAACCACUGGUCGAGUUUUAUGCUUCUCUACAUUCAAAAAAGUUUCAAAAUCUAAAAAAAUUUGCAAGAAAGAUGUUUGUGUUGUUUGCAUCAACUUACAUAUGUGAGCAGACUUUCUCCAUCAUGAAAAUUAACAAGGGGAAGAAUCGAUCACUUCUCACAGACUCAAAUCUUCAGUCAGUGUUAAGAAUCAGCACAAGCAACUUGACACCUAAUUUUGACAAACUGAAUUAUGGUUGUCCACAAUUAGUGCAGAUUUUACUAGGAAAAUUCCGUUCCUGGCAAUUUGUAAGCAAUAACAGGCUGUCCAAAAUAACCGAGGUUCCUGUAAUAAUUUCAACUAUAGGAGCAAAUAACCGAAAAACAUGA